AUUUAUCCAAUAUUUUAAAUAUAAAUAUUAAAUGAUACAUGACGUUUAUAAAUUAUAUAAAAUGUACUGCUUUUGAUUUUCGAUGGAGUGACACCACCAACUUUCACACCGGGGGCCACCCAAGGUAGCUACGCCACUGCUCUCGGGUGUCUAACGCUCGGUAACAGAGAUUAGAAAAGAUAGCGUGUACGCACCAAAUGGUGUAAACACCAGAACCGCAUUAUUAGCUGCAGUUUUAAGCAAUAUAGACAGCUGUGUAUCAAAAUCUAUAAAAAUGACGAGCGAAGUACAAGGAAAACUGAAAAAACAGAAGAAAAGAAGGCCCCCACCUCACGAGCCUACAAUCAAAGAUGAUUUGACAGUUAUAGCGCACAUCACUGUAGUGACUUUUGUGAUUCUUAUUGUUUACCUGUGCCUCACUAGACCUUUCGAGUUUUUUACUUGGCAUCCUUUACUUAUGUCUCUUGGGUGGAUGCUCUUGAUGUACGAAGGCAUAAUAGUGAUAUCCAAGGAAAACCCGAUAGGCCACUACUUCGGCCUCACCCACGAUCUCAAAAACUUCUGGCAUUGGGUCCUGAUCACCGCUGCCAGCUUUCUGGUCCUCGCAGGUUUCGCCGUGGUCUACACUAACAAGAACCAAGAAGGGAAGGAUCAUUUCACAUCCUGGCACGGACUUUUUGGCCUUCUUUCAAUCAUAAUUUGCUUCCCGUCUGUCGUAAACGGAACUGCUACCUUAUGGGAGCCUAAAUUGAAGAACGUUCUGGAUCCGUACGUGACGAAACUGAUCCAUCAAUGUUUUGGAACUGUUGCUAUAAUAUUUGGCGGCUUGUGCUCCAUACUGAGUGUUUAUUCUAAUUGGUUUGCAGUAGCUUCGCAUAGAAACAAGUAUAUGUAUCUUGUAGGAAUUGUGUGCACCGUGUAUAGUUUUAUCUGGAUCUUGCAGAGACCGUUGCUUAAGUGUUAUAGGAAGAUAUUUAAAAAGCAGUGAAUCUAUAUUUAUGAUUGUUUUUAUUCUAAUAGACAUUUACACGAUACAGUAUUAAAAAGUUUUAUGUAUACUAUUUCAAGAAAUACCUCAACAUGUACUAAAAUAAUGCUUGUCAAUUUACAGUCCGCAAGUAAGAGUUUUUAAAAGGGUCAUCGAAAAAACUAUAUAGUUGGUUGAGACAGGGAAAAAUAUAAGCUAGGUUCAGGCCAAAAAGAACAAAAAUUAGGGAUUAUUUGAACAAGCUUAUGGCAAUAUCUCGAAAACUAGAAAACUUUCACUGAGGUCAUGUUGAUGUGCAGCCCGUGUCACGCUGGCGUAUUAUUUCUGGGUCACCCUGUAUUGAAAAUCACUUCCACCAAAUAGCAUAUCAUGAACUCAUCUCUUCAGAUGCCGGACAAGUUAAUCUCCGAUUUCGAAUAUUACCUAAAAAUAUUUGAAAGAUUACAGUCCUCUCCUUCACCGUGUACCGUUAUCGUGAGAAAAACCCUUUCGAACAGAUUUAAUGCGUAAAAAAUUGGCCGGCGCAUCGGCGACUAACAAGGCCUAAGUAGAAACAAAUGACUUCUGUCGACCGAAAGGAAGGUGUGACUUGUGUGGCGAUUCGCUCUUUUCCGAAAAAAAAAGAACAUCGACGUACGCGGCGACAUAUCAUUUUUUGUACCGGAAUCUAGAGGGCUAAUGACAGCGAUGGAAAGGUGUGAAACAAUAAUCGGACGCUCGUUAUGACAUUGUUUGAGGUGGUUGCCGCCAACGUUACCCUUGUUAAGAUAAUGCGAUGGUAGGUAGGUAAACCAGGGUUUCACGAUAAGGUCACGUAAUAUUAAUUAGUAUUGUAAUAGCGAAAAUUUUCGAAAAUGAGAAUUGUGUCGGUCUAUCAGCUAGUUUUAUAACCGAGAAGUGCCCCUCGGGUUUCAAUGAACCAUUUGUAUAAUGCUACUAUCAUGCCAAGGACGGAAGAACUUUGUAGUUUGUCCAGAGGCGGCGAAGAAAAAGCCAAAAACAAAAAAAAUAAAAAUCGUUCAAACUUCGUUUUUUGACGUUUCAAAAGAUCCUGAUUAUUUUUGGUAAAAAUAUGUAUUUGUAGGGGUUAAAAAUUUGAUAGGGGUUGCAGUGUCAGUACUGAAUCUUAACCUCACUCUUUAGUAAACUUAAAUUCAAGGUUUCACAACAAUACGUGCAGUUUUCUCACUACAGUGAAUGUUUAAGUAUCACCAAGUCAUUAGAAAAAUGGAACUCAACCGAGAACAUUUUCGCGCCAUAAUUUAUUACAACUUUCAGAGACAAGUAUCGCAACAAGAACGCCUUGCUGAGUUACUGUCUGUUUUCGGCAACAAAGCGCCACAUCAGUCGACAAUUUCCAGUUGGUAUGGAGAAUUCAAACGUGGAGAAUACUUCGAAAAACAAUAAAGUCAUUUUAAAC